AUGCGUCGGACACAGGCUUAUCUGCCCUGGUCAGUGUUGCUGGCUUUGGGAGCAGUUCAGGCGAAGCUUGAUUUGAACUCGGCCAGCAAUGUUGUUGUCUAUUGGGGCCAAAACUCCCUACAGGGGAAAGGAGGCGAGGUUCAGCAGCCUUUGGCACACUAUUGCGACAAUGCUGAUAUCGAUGUCAUCCCAAUGGCAUUUGACAUGAUGGUUAAUGGACCUGGUGGAGCUCCAGAGGUCGACUUCUCUGUCAGCAGCCAGGAUUGUGAUGUGUUUCCGGGUACUCAGUUGAAAAACUGUCCCAAGAUUGGCCAGGACAUCAAAACUUGCCAGGCCAAAGGAAAAACGAUUCUCUUGUCCAUCGGUGGCGCAACUUACAGCGAAGGUGGUUUCAAGUCGGAGGCGGAUGCCAAGGACGGCGCAAAGCUCAUUUGGGAAACCUUUGGGCCUAAGCAAGAUGGAUCUAAAGCCUUGCGACCAUUUGGAGAUGCCAGUCUAGAUGGAUUCGACUUCGACUUCGAAGCCACUGUCACAAACAUGGCUACUUUUGCCAACGAGUUGCGCGCCCUGAUGGACAAGGACACCAGCAAGCAGUACUUCCUUACGGCGGCCCCCCAGUGCCCAUACCCCGACGCGGCAGACAAGGAUAUUUUGAACGGUCCCGUGUCCAUCGAUGCAGUCUGGGUCCAGUUCUACAACAACUACUGCGGCUUGAACAAUUUCGACUCGAACGCGGUGAACUCCAAGUACAACUUCGAGGAAUGGGACAACUGGGCCAAGACCGUCUCAAAGAAUAAGAACGUCAAGGUAAUGAUAGGCGUGCCAGCCGAUACGACCGCCGCCAGCACUGGCUAUGUGCCCGUCGACAAAGUGGCCGCUGUGAUCGAAUACUCGAAGAAGUUUGAGAGCUUCGGUGGUGUAAUGAUGUGGGAUACAAGUCAGGCAUAUGCGAACCAGGGGUUCAUUGACGGUGUGCGCAAGGCGCUUGGUGGUCCGAAUUCCGGUUCGUCGUCGUCGUCCACCUCGGCGUCGACCACGGCGUCUGCACCAACCUCCACUAACUCACCGAAUACCUCGCAAUAUUCCAAUGCACCCGGAUCCUCGUCCUCAUCUUCCUCCUCCUCUGGAUCUGGCUCCUCAUCCAGUGGGCCUGAGAUACCGAAACCGACCACCACAACCACCAGCACCAAGUCAACCAAGGAGAAGCCUACCGAGCCCGCUACGGAGGCAGACCCAGCGCCUACCGCGAAGCCCGCUGCUACAACCACCCAGGAUCCCGCUCCCCAGUCGACCUCUACCACCAAGCAGGAUCCCGCUCCCAAGCCGACUACGAUGUCGACUACUACGACCAAGCCCGAGGUUGCCCCGAACACAACUGACAAGCCGACUACAACUCAGCCUGCACCUGCUCCGAAGUCGACGACUACCACCCAGCCUUCUGUGAUCGACGAUGAUGACCUUUCCGAUCCCGACCUCGCUUCCAACGACGACGACUUCAACACUCCUAAGGAGAAAUCAGGUAACAACGGUGAAAGCCCGAUUAUUGGCUCGGAUCUCUUCGGUCUCCUGAAAGGCUUGAAGCAGGCCAACGGCAUCGUGGAAGGUCUCACCCAUGGCCUGACCAAUAAUCUCCGUCGCGCAAAGCGCAUUGGAUACAACUAA